AAGCGGAGGGAGGUUCUGACCACAGCACGGCAUACAAGUAACCUUGUCUGAUGUGAUCAUUAACCUUUCUGGAAAGCGCAGCUGGCAGUUCUCUGAGGUUUGUCAUUAGAAUGUGAGGAGAGCCACACAGAUACUGCCCAGACUAUUCAAAGAUUGUUUGGCUGCCUUUCAGAGCUACCGCUUCACGCUCCUGUUGCAGAAAGAUGAGAGUCCAACAGUUCUUUGUGCUUUUCAUUUUUAUGAUGAGCCUUCUUCUUAUCAACGGACAGAAACCAGCUAAUCUGAUAAUGAGAAGAAAAUUUCACAGACACAACUGCUUUCAGAGGAGAUGUCUACCUCUCCAUUCCCGAGUGCCCUUCCCCUGAGAUCUUGUCUAAGUAACUUCAUGGGUCUGCCAGAAACAGAAGAGGAGUAAAGGGAAGGGAAGCUAUCCACCAAGACUAGAGUGAUUAUGUCUAAGUUCCUGUACAAAGGAAUCACUUGCAAAGCACCUGGGCUGGUUUAUUCGUUUCACAGGAUUCUCUUCUUUCUGCCUUCUUCUUAGAGGAGGAUGACACAAAUUGAAAAGCUGUUCCAUUCUGAAGCACAACAAUUACCUGCACAACAAAAGUCUCCCAUUUUUUUUGCACAUGACCAUUGUACACUGGUUGAAAGAAAAAAAAUGUUUUUUAAUGUCUUAGAAUGCUAAUAAAAAUGUGCAAGAAUUGAAAGUUUUUCAUUUUAUAUUUCUAUAUUUCCCCCGAUGUUUUUGAAUUUUAAAUUUUGUGUACAUUUCAGUGACUUAAAAUAUAUAUGUAUAUGCACUAUCUGAAUUAAUUGCCUUGACCAUUUGACUUUGAAGAAUAAAGAAAACAAUGGAUUCAUGAAUUAUUUACAUAGAGAGACUAAGAAGGAAGCUGUUACUGGCUACCACUUUUACAUGGUACACUUUAAUGCUUAUAAAAAUAUUUUAUUUUGAUUAAUGGCCAUUUUAAAUUAUAAGAGGAAGUUGUAAAUCUAAUUAUUGCUCAUUUAGUUUAAGAUUGAAGUGUUGAUCUCUGAGUCUUUUUUUAUUGUGUAAGCAUUAAAAAUCAAUGUUAAAAAAAAAAAGUCAGUUUGACUUUUCUUUGGAAUUUCUGUUUCAUGUCCGUAACUCAUUUGUACUGAAAGUUCCUCAGAUAGGCCCACUUAAGGUUAACUUUUUUUUUUUUUUUUUUUUAUCAAAGCACACAUAACUCAAAUCUGGUUUAUGGUGGUACAGGGGAUCAAACUUGGAACCUUUGCUGCCUUAGGUAUGAAAAUUUUUUGCAUACCCAUUAUGCUAUCUCCCCAGCCCUUAAAAUACUUUCCUUAAGGUUGACAUUUCAAAUAACAACAUUCCAAGUUGUUAACUAUGCUCUAUAACUUGUACUUUUUGAAAGACUUAGACUGGUGCUAGAAAGUUCUUCCUAUUUUACUAUGAGUUAAGUCUUGGUAUGAAAAUUUACAUUAGAAUUUUUAAACAUAAACAUUUUUUAUAAAUUUAUAAAAAUUUUAUAAACAUAAAAUGGGAGAAGUCACCAACCAUUAACUCUUAUUUUGUUAAAAUAAAAGAUUGGGCUUAACAUAUCUAGAAUGUGGGAUAGUUGUACCAUUAUAAGUCAGAACUCUCUUAUUAAAAUAAAACCAUAUAUACUUGAGAAAUAAGAAUAUUUGCAAGAUUUGUCUCAUUUUUUUUCCCUCCAGGGUUAUUUCUGGGGCUUGGUGCCUGCACCAUAAAUCCACUGCACCUGGAGGCUAUUUUUUUCCUUUUGUUGCCCUUGUUGUUUUUAUUGUUGUUGUAGUUAUUAUUCUUCCCCCUCUUGUUAUUAUUGAUAUCUUUGUUGUUGGAUAGGACAGAGAGAAAUGGAGAGAGGAGGGGAAGACAGAGAGGGGGAGAAAAAGAUAGACACCUGCAGACCUGUUUCACCGCCUAUGAAGCGACCUCCCUUCAGGUGGGGAGCAAGGGGCUCAAACCAGGAUCCCUACACCAAUCUCUGCACUUUGUACCAUGUGCACUUAACCCACUGCGCUACCGCCCAGCCCCCGAUUUGUCUCAAUUUUAUAGCUUAUGAAAGAAAGGUAUCUUUUAGAUUGGAAGGUGCUUGUAUAAAUUUUUGUAAUUAAAUUUAUACACAAACAAAAGAUAAUUUUAUGAAAGUUGUUACACCUCCAUAUUUAAAUUGCAUGUUUUGGGGGAGAUAAUCAUUUUAAUUUCUUGGCACAGUGUAUUUCAGUAGAAACAUAAGCUAUUAUACUACCAUUUAUUGUGUUUAUGUUUAAAGCACAGUUUAUAUAUUGUAUACAACAGAAUCAUAAAUUUUAUAAUCAGAUGCAUUUCUUUGAAUAUAAAACCACACUUUUUCAAUAUAGAUGAUCAUGUUCACAGAAACAGUUAAAAUUAGCUCAUGUUAUUGUAAACUGAUUAAAUGUUUACGGAUUUCUCUUUCUACAACUUCAGUAACUGCUCAAUAAAAUACCCAGUGAUUUGGA